AUGGGUCUCUUUCUGAUCUCCGCGGCCAUCCUAAUAGGCCUGAAUCUGCUUUGGAGUAUAUUCACAGUGCUGCGACAUGCCCAGAAUGCCCGCAAACUGCGCUGCGGGUCCAUCCCCAAAUAUCCCAGUGAUCUGCUGGGCAUCAGUACGUUGAAGGAAAUUCUUCAGGCCGAUAAGGAGAAGAUGAUUCCGCCUCUGCUCUGCCGUCGCGUGGAGAAGAUGUCUGUGCGGGAGAAGCGUACCGUUGAGACCUUCCGACUGGUGCAGAUGGGUCGUAACAGCAUCUUCACCUGCGAUCCGAAGAACAUACAGGCGUUGCUGACCACCCAGUUCAAGGAUUUUGAAUUGGGAGCGCCCCGAAAAAAUACGUUGCAUUCGCUGCUGGGAACGGGCAUUUUCACUUCCGAUGGUGAAGCCUGGUCCCGAUCGCGAAAUCUCCUCCGUCCUCAGUUCACCCGCGACCAGAUCAGCGACCUGGAUCUGGAAGAACGUCACGUCCAACAUGCCAUGCGGGCCAUGCCCGUUGACCGUUCCAGCGGCUGGUCGGCCCCCAUUGACAUCCAGUCGAUCUUCUUCCGGUUGACCAUCGACUCCGCCACGCAGUUCCUCUUUGGCGAGAGCGUCGACAGCCAGGUAGCGGCCUUGAACAGCGACCAUGUCGAUGAGGAUAAAUUCCCCUACUACUUCGAUCGCGGACAGUGGUACGCGGCUCAGCGUAGUCGCUUCGAGAAGUUAUACUGGGUGGUCAAUAACAAGGAGUCUCGGUUCAUCGAGUCCCAGGUGCACGCAUACGUGGAUCGAUUCGUGGCCGGCGCUCUCGAGCAGCGCAAGACGGACGAGAAGUCUUCCAUAGAUCAGCAGCAGCAGCCAUAUGUGUUCCUGAACGGACUGGCGAACACCACGCAGGAUCCCAUCGAGUUGCGCUCGCAACUACUCAAUAUUCUCCUGGCCGGUCGGGACACGACCGCCUCGCUGCUCAGCUGGUCUGUUCUGCUCCUCGCGCGCCAUCCAGCCAUCUUCAAGAAACUUCGCACCACCAUCCUCGACUCGUUCGGCCCUUACGAAUCCCCCCGCGACAUCACCUUCGCCUCGCUCAAAUCCUGUCGCUACCUCCACUACUUUCUCAACGAGGUGCUCCGUCUGUACCCAAUUGUACCGGGCAAUCGGCGGGUAGCGGUGCGCGACACGACGCUGCCUCGUGGCGGCGGCCCGGACGGCCAGGCACCGGUAUAUGUGCGCAAGGGCCAACCGGUGAUGUACAGCGUGUUCACGAUGCAGCGACGCACCGACCUCUGGGGACCGGACGCGGAGGUCUUCGACCCGGAGCGCUGGGAAAACCGCCGAGUGGGCUGGGAGUACCUGCCAUUCAACGGGGGGCCCCGGAUCUGCAUUGGACAGCAGUUUGCACUGACGGAGACCGGGUACGUGCUGGUGCGGUUGUUGCAACGGUUUGAUCGCAUUAGCGACGCCCAUCCGGAACAGGAGAUCCGGUUUGGUCUGACAUUGACCUCUGCGCCGGCUGACCCCGUCACGGUGAGGCUCCAUGAGGCGUCUGCGGCUGCGGCUGCGUAG